CACUAUGUAGAGAGGGUGGAUGGUAUUUAAAUGUAAUUAGGGUUUUGCUCGUUUUCUCUUCCUACUUCACCAGUCGUUCUAAGGUGAACGAGAAAAAUCGUCUGGAUCGGAGCUACACUUGCAAACUCCAAACAUGGCGAGAGGUUUGAAGAAGCAUUUGAAGAGGCUCAAUGCGCCCAAGCAUUGGGGUCUUGACAAGCUUAGUGGUGCAUUUGCCCCAAAGCCAUCUUCUGGACCCCAUAAGGCGAGGGAGUGCCUUCCCCUCGUCCUUAUCAUCAGGAACAGGUUGAAGUAUGCUCUUACCUACCGUGAAGUGAUUUCCAUCUUGAUGCAACGGCAUAUCCAGGUUGAUGGGAAAGUGAGGACUGACAAGACCUACCCUGCUGGUUUCAUGGAUGUUGUGUCUAUCCCAAAGACCAACGAGAACUUCCGCCUUCUCUAUGAUACCAAGGGACGUUUCCGUCUUCACUCCCUCAGGGAUGAGGAAGCAAAGUUUAAGCUUUGCAAAGUGCGAACUAUCCAGAUUGGACAGAAGGGCAUUCCUUACCUGAACACAUACGACGGUCGUACCAUCCGUUACCCCGACCCACUCAUCAAGCCUAAUGACACCAUCAAGCUCGACCUUGAGGAGAACAAGAUUGUGGAGUUCAUCAAGUUUGAUGUGGGCAAUGUCGUGAUGGUGACUGGAGGAAGAAACAGAGGGCGUGUUGGUGUGAUUAAGAACCGUGAGAAGCAUAAGGGUAGCUUUGAGACAAUCCACAUCCAGGACUCUACAGGACAUGAGUUCGCAACGAGGUUGGGAAAUGUGUUCACCAUUGGCAAAGGAACAAAGCCGUGGAUUUCUCUUCCCAAGGGUAAAGGUAUUAAGCUGACCAUCAUUGAGGAAGCCAGGAAGAGGCUUGCCGGCCAACAAGCUGCUUAAGUUCGUGAUUUCCAGUUCGGUUAUUAUGCUUUUUUAGACGACUUAUAUUCAUUCCUAGACUCACUUUGCUUCUUUUGAUUCUCUGCUCAAUUUUGAAACAUGUGCUAUUUUAUCUAUUUUCAAGAGUUAAAAACUUCAAUCAUCCCCAGUCUCUCUUUUAUAUUUGCCCGGUUUUUUUGCUGCAACUCUUGAUAC